AUGCGAGAAAUUCCCAACCCGCCUACUACACAAGGAGUCAUAAUCAACGGCAAGAAAUACGAGGAGAUCACACCAAGGGCCGAUAAAAAGGAAGCAAGCUCCGACGAAACAACCGGCGACGAAAAAAAUCAAGCAUGGUUUGAAGUCGCGCGAAGGAACCGUCGAAGGAAUCAACAGACGAUGACCCUGACAGUGGUGGGCACGCAGCAACAACCCCAACGAGAAACGGAAUCAACAGACAGCGCACUCCAGGCAGCAGUGGUGGCGAUGCUGAGGUUCGUCACACUCGUGGCGCUGCUGGCCGCCUCCUCUGCAGUCGACAACCCGACCGUGCAGCUGACGCUGGGCGUGCUUCGCGGGACGCGGCUCAAGUACGAGGGUAGGGCGUACCACGCCUACCGCGGCGUGCCCUACGCCGAGCCCCCGGAGCGUUUCAAGGAGGCGACGCGGAAGCGUCCCUGGAGCGGAAUGUUGGACGCGACCGAGGACGGCCCGAGCUGCCUGCAGCACGAUGCCUACGUGGACGAUGGGGACGGAGCUGAGUACAAGGGAGACACGGACUGCCUCUUCCUAAACGUGUACACCCCUGCGGUGAAAGGCGAGCGAGGCUUCCCUAUAAUAGUGUACAUACAUGGAGGGGGCUAUACGAGCGGCCAUGCCGGUUCGGAGUGGGUCAACCCCCAGUACUUCAUGCUCAAGGAUGUGGUGGUGGUGACCGUCGCCUACAGACUGGGCGUCUUUGGGUUCCUGUGCACGGGCGACGAGCAGGCGCUGGCCAACCUGGGGCUGCGCGACCAGGCGCUGGCUCUGCGCUGGGUGCGCGCGCACGGCCCGGCCUUCGGCGGAGCCGCCGACCGCGUCACGCUCAUGGGCCACGACGCGGGCGCCGCCAGCGUCCACCUCCACAUGCUGGCACCAGCCUCCAGGGGCCUGUUCUCGCGCGCCAUCUCCCAGAGUGGCGUGUGGCUGGACUGGUGGCUGGGCGCGCAGCAGCCUCGGCAGGCGGCGGCCACCGUAAGGGCGCUGGCGGCGCUGCUGGGCUGCUACUGGGAGCCGCCCUCGCUGAUGCCCUGUCUGCGCAGGAAGCCGGUCCGCCAGCUGUUCAACGCGACGGCGCAGUUCCAGUUCUGGUCGAUCGAGCCGCUGUCGCUGUUCCGGCCGUGCGUGGACGCGGCGACCGCCUCUCCGUUCCUGCCGGUGGAUCCCCUGCAGCUGCUGGAGGACGGCCAGGUGGCCAGCGUGCCGUGGCUGCUCGGCGUCACCUCCGACCAGGGGCUCUUCCGUCUCGCCGAUCCUUGCAAAGAUUAUGAAAUGUCGGUGGAACUUUCACCCAUGUUUGUGCUGGAUGUUGUGGCUUUACUGCAUUCGAGGAAGGCGUCAGCAGCAGUCGAGCUACAGUUCAAGAGUGAGUUGGAGUGCUCAUUCUAG